AUGGCGACGAACUGGGACUGGUGGGCCUGCACCCAACAGGGCGAUUUCUGGCAUUCCAUCCGCGAGACGGCUCGUUUCAUGAUGUACGAGGAGACCAGCCCGGUUCGCACCUCGUUGAGCCGUCUGGCUGGCUUGCUCCCGGUGUGGCAGUCUCGAGAAAGCGGGCUUUCCAACGACGCUUUGAUUGAAGCGGGGCAGCCCUGUCCUGCAGGUGAGAUUUUCUUCAUGCUGCUGGACAUCAUUGUUGUCAACACGGGGAUGAUCCGGGAGAGCAUGAAGCCAGACGAUAACAUCAUCGAUACCAGCUCCUUGCUGAAGACGCUGGGAGUCUUGCAGGUUCGGAUACCCUCCUUUGAGGCCGUGCUGAGUUCAGGGUGGCCAUUAUUCGGCUUGCUGGUGAUCCUACAAGAGGGCCUCUUUCAAUUGGGCCGUCUAGCUGCCCAGCAGUCGGUCCAGAUGCUGCGGCAUUGGGGCACCAUGGCGAAGGUCUGUGAGGAGGCGCUUCCUUUGCAUGCCGCGCUGAACGCAUGGCUGUACACCGAUGUCCCGGGCGGCGACCUGUUGUCACUCGGGCGGCACCGACGAGGGCGGCCCCAGAGCUGCAGAUCGGUUGGGAGGCCCCUGCUGCCGCCCGGUACACGGGCGAUGGCCCUGCGUGGCUGGCGGCGCUGGGCCUCGGAGCAACUGUGCCACGAGGAUCCAGGAGCUGCGGCUGCAGCGCGCCUGGUUGGCAGCGGUCUUUUACCUGAGCAGAACGCCACAGGCUGGCAGGAGGCAUCCCGGAAGCUUGCUCGCUCGCUGGAUGACGUGCUCCUGUCCAUCUCGUGGCACCGGCUCCUCUUUUCAGGCUGGCCCCUGCUUGCAGUACUGCAUCGUCUUCAAGAAGCAUAUGUGCGAGAGGCAGUUUGUCGCGAGGUCGAGAGGUAUGCCUAUGCGAUCCCCAGCCUCGCUGAGCCCGAGAGCGUGUGGGUCUGCGUGCGCCGGACGGCGGAUGUGGUCGACGAGCGCUGGCGCAUGAAGGGUUCCUUCCCAGACUGUGGACAUAUCGUCCGCGCGAUGCGCGAGCUGCGCUCGCAGUUGCCACUGGGCGUCGGUUUCAGUGCGAAUCUGGGCGGCUGCACCCUGAUGAUGGGUAAAGAUGGUCACCAAGUCUUGGCCAUCGAGGUGGUGCCGAUCUUGGCGAAGCUGCUGGAAGCCUCUGUGCGACGCAACGGUCUCAAAUCUGUGGAGGUCUUGCAGGUGGCGGUCGCCGCCGCGGACGGCCUGCGCGGCGCGCUGCACUGCUCGGAGGGGCACAGCGCGAUCUGCCGCGUGCGCGAGAUCGAGCCGCUCGGAGCGGCGGAGCGGAUGAGCGAGUUCGGUGGGGAGACGGAACGAAGGUGGAAGGUUGAAGAGCCAAGACGUUGGACGCCGGUUGCACAUCUGAACCGAAUUGCUGUAGACUUGGGGUUCAGCGGACGACCCACUUCUGCGGAGGAACCUUCAAUGUCGUUGGACACGAUCCUGGCGGCGCGGAGCUUGGCUCCCUGCGCGGUCAAGAUCGAUGUCGAGGGCAGCGAGCUGGAAGUGUUGAAAGGCGCUCAGCAGACCUUGCAGUUCCAUCCAAACCUCUUUCUGGAGCUCCACCCUUACGAGCUUCGCGAGCGUGGCAGCUCCAGCUCUGAGAUCUUCGAUCUCCUGAUCGCGAACGGCUACGACAUGUUUGAGAGCCCAAGCUGCCAAGACGCUCCUUUGGAUGGACGGGAUCUUUGGCGAGGGAACGGCACCUACUUCAAUGUUCACUGGGCCAAUGCAGAGCCCCUGCCGCGGACUCGCCUACCAGUGAUUCCAGAUCACUGUGCGUGUGUGUCUUGGCAUGUGAUGAGAGGACAUGAACAUGGAGGGACAGACUGA